ACAAAACCGUUACUUCAUCGCACAUCUAAGCAGUUAAUGCAGUUUUGGUAUGAAUUUCGUAUAUAAGCUGGUGCCUUCCCUACUAUAGAUAUCACAAUUCGUUUACCUCUUCGCUUACAAAGAAGUUCAAAACUCAAACCUAGAAAAAUGUUCAAAUUGUUCGCUGUCUGCUUCUUGGCUCUCUUCGCUGUUGCCUUCGGUGCUGCUAAGCCCGGUUUGUUGGCUGCUCCAUUGGCUUACUCUGCUCCAUUAGCUGCUGCCCCCAUUGCUCAUGCUUAUGCUGCUCCAGUCGCCGCUGCUUACUCUGCUCCCCUUGCCUACACCGCCGGAUAUGCUGGUUACGUUGCACCCUAUGCCAGCAGCUACAAUGCUCACUCGAUCGCACACUCCGCCGCUUUCCCAGCUGCCUAUGCUGCUCCAGUAGUUGCUGCCCCAGCCCCAGUGGUCGCUGCCGCACCAGCUGUCGCUGUCUUGCGCAAAUAGGCUGAAUUUGCCGAAAUUUCAAUUCUUCGGACUGUGAUAAAACUAACACUGAAAACACGAUAUAACAAAUAUAUGCGUUAACGUAAACCAA